AUGGCCACUGCUGUUGCUCCUGCUCCUGUUAUCUCUGCUCCACCAAAGGAUAACCCAGAGGACAAGCUUCUUCCAGGUGAACACACCCUUCCUGCUAGUUGGUGGACAUCUGAAAAAGUUUUCGAACUUGAAAAAAGAUCUAUUUUCAACAAGUCAUGGAUGUUCUGUACUCACUCUUCCCGUUUUGCAAAGGCUGGUGAUUAUUUCUCCUACACUGUUUGUGGAAUUAACUUUUUUAUUAUCAAAUCCAAGGUUGACGGGCAACUCAAGGCUUUCCAUAACGUUUGUCGUCACAGAGCCUUUCCAGUUGUUAGAAAGGAACAGGGAUCUUCCACCAUUUUAGGAUGUAAGUACCACGGGUGGUCUUACAAUUCUGAUGGUGUCUUGACCAAGGCUCCACAAUUUGAACAAGUUGAAGGUUUUAAGAAGGAAGAAAACUCUUUAUUCCCAAUUAAGACCCAUACCACUGACCAAGGUUUAGUCUUUGUUAACUUUUCUCAAGAAGAAGAUGUCAUUCCAUUUUCUACUUGGUUUCAAGGUAUUGAAAAGGAUUUCAGUGAAUAUGACUUUGAUGACUAUGAAUACAACAUGUCUUAUGAACUUAAUGGUAAAUUCAACUGGAAAACUUUGAUGGACGGUUACCAAGAAUGUUACCAUUGUCCAACUGCUCAUCCAGGAUUAUCCAAUGCUUUCAAGAUGGAGACUUACAAGGUUGUUCCAAAGACUAGAUAUUGCCGUCAUUAUGCUGAAGUUGUCCAAGAAGACGUUGAGUUUGUUAAGGAUGAUGCUGACGCAGAUGAAGAAUCAUCCUGGUUUGGUUUUGGAAAGAAAAAGGAAUCUAAUGCGAAGGUUGAAAAGAUUGCUAACCCAGGUGGUGAAUCCAAUGGUUUAUGGAUGUACCUUUUCCCAACUAAUGGUAUCAAUUGUUACUCUCCAGCUUACUACACUCUUAGAGUCUUGCCAAUCAGCGCCACUGAAACCCUUUUACAUUACGAUGUUUACACCAAGAAAGGUUUAUCUGAAGAGAAGCAGAAAGAAUUCAUUGACUUUUUGCAAUUGAUUGAAUUGGAAGAUUUCAACUUGUGUGAACAAACUCAAAAGAACCUUAACCAAGGUGUUUACGGUACAGGCUUCUUGCAUCCAACUAAGGAAAGAGGUGUAUUGUUUUACCAAGGUUUAGUUCGUGAUAUGGUCAAGGAACACUUUGCUGCGGAACAAAAGGCUGGUAAGCAAAUUAACCCAGCCUUUGUCGGAAAUGCUACUACCGAGAGUGCUUUGGAAUUGGAAGAGAUCUGUAACAAGUUGGACUGUCUGACUGAAAAGACCGAACAAAAGUUGGAUUGGUAA